CACGCGAUCAGCAUAACCUACAUACCAAAUGACCUUCAGUUAAAUAUAAAGUUUAAACUUUACAGUUAGCGGGUACAGCUGUAAUAUGAUCUGAUCUAUUCUGUGUUAAUGUAUUGACAAACAUGUCGUACGAAGAAGAUCUUAGACGUUUAAAAAAUAUUAGCUGUGAGGAACAAAUUAACUUUUCUUGCUCGUCGUGUAGGAAAGAAUAUCAGUCAAAUGGAGCUAUAAAAUAUUGUGCAAGGUGUCAGGAGUAUUUAUUUAUACCCUGCAUGGAAGACACGGACGAUUUGUCUACACAGAUUCCAGAAAAACGUCAGGCUCAUGAUUCGAUACACACCCUAAAUUCUAAAAUGGCUGAAGAUUCAUCUCGGAUCAAAGGUAUUGCAAACGAACGUCCCCGGUCUGAGUGUUCCGUGUGGACAUGUAGCGUUAAUGUGCCUGUGAUUUCAACAGUGGGAUGUACUGAAAAUCAAAGCCCGGAAGGAAACUCAGUCGGCAAAUACAAUGAGACUACAGAUCAAGUUGAACGUACAAUGCAACUAAUGGAACAAGCGGUCAGAGAGCUACAACAGGCUGAAAAACGACACAAAGAUCAUCUGGACGAGCUAAAUCAAAUGAAGAAGAAUUGUCUUAGAAAAAUACAGCGCUUUAGAACUGAAGUAAACGAAACCAUCGAACGAUUAGAACAAGCUGCAAUUGCCGAGCUUGAAAAUACAUUUCAAGAAAUUGAUAAAGUCCUACAUGACAAACUCAGUAAAAUACAAGAAACUUUAAACAUCUUGAGAAAAUCAAACGAGGAUGUCAAACAAGAUAUAUCACAAAAUGUUGAUAGUGAAUCGCUUUGUGAAGAUGUGUUUAAAACAGCAGAACCAUUUCUAACUGAACCUGAUAUAAAACAUGAGCUUGUCUUUAUAAACAAUACAAAACUUUUAGAGAUUCUUCAGAGUUUUCAUUCCUUCGGUUUUUGUGAAUACCAGGAAAAACAAGAUCUAUAUCAUAUACAAAGCAUGGAAACGAAAACUAUCAGGCACGAGAAUGAUAAAGAAGAUUGUAGCAUACAUUCUUGUUGUUUUAUUGAUCCGGGUGAUAUCCUUUUGGCUGACUACAAAAAUAAGAACAUUAAAGUUUUAGACGGAGCAGUGUACAAGGUCAAGGACGUUCUAUCUCUAAACCGCUAUCCGCUUUCCGUAUGCAGGGUGAGUAAUACAGAAGCAGCGGUUGCCCUAGCUGAAACGAGGCACUUUGGCAGUGACAACUGCAUACAGUUUGUAUCAACAGAACGCAAACUUGUACCUACACGCUCAAUAAGACUCGAACAUUGCUGCACUGGAAUAAGCGUGAUUAGAAAUCAACUUUUUGUUUCAAAUGAACGUAAACGUUUAUUUGUGUAUAACUUACAGGGCGAACUUCAAACGACGGUUCACCUAGACCAGUUUGGUAACGAAAUAUUUUCUAAAAGUUAUGCAAUUACUGAAAAUGACAAUGGAAAGAUGGUACAUGUAACUGAUUUGAACAAAGGCUUGAUCACUUUAGACAAAGAGGGAAAACUGUUGUGGAAAUAUUCGGGUCCGAAAAUUAAAAUGGCCUGGGGUGUUUGCACGGAUGGUAAAGGGAACAUAUUUGUGAGUGGGGGUAAUUCUAGUAAUGUGGUACAAAUUGGACCAGGUGGAAACUAUUUAGGAGAAGUGGUGUCAGAAGCACAUAGCAUUAAAGAUCCACAGGCUAUUUGCUUUGAUGAGAAGAAAUCAAGGCUCUUUGUAACAAGAUACAACUGUAACUCUGUGUACAUUUUCUCUGUUUUGUAAAAUCAUUUGUCAAAAGACUAGUUUGGCCAUUUGAAAUUAUCAGGGGCAUGGCCAUCACGAAGUCAUUGAACUGAUUUCUUUAACCUCUUUAUCACAGUUUGAAAUAUUGAUUGUAUAAGAUACUUUUGAGUAUUCAAAUUUCCAUACAAUGCAGAACUAUUCCUGAACAUAUUUCUGGCUUUUUAAAGUAAGUUAAUGCACGUUUCUUCUUGUAUUUUAUUUCGAAAAUUUUGAGAAUAUUUCACGACAUUGAAUAGUUUACAAAAACAAUCUAACCGAAAUCAUUCACGUUUGAACGAACGAUUUUCCUGUCCAUUUAUAUUUGAAGAAGCUGACAAGAAAUUAGAUUAGUGAUAGUUUUUUAAAGAAGUGUCUUUUAACAUUAAUGUACAUGCUUAAGCAUACCGUAUCAUUAGCUGUGGAUUUAAACACACAUGAGUUCCGUGAUAUAGGGCAGCUAAAACUUAUGCAUAUAAAUGGAUAGAUAAAAUAACAUUCAUCAAUUCGUGAUUAAGAAUACUAAUUUAAUUGCACGCUUGCGUUUCAAGUUUAGAUAUUUUACAGGCAGUAUGUUUAAUAGCCACAACCGAAAUAGCAAAAGAAACACAGAGACUUAUAUAAUAUUGCCGCUGAAGAAAUUUCAACCCAUUGUAUUUUUGCAGACCCUCCUCGGACCCCAAUUCAUAGGUUUAAGCGCCAUCUAGCGAUUGUAAUUAACAGAAAGCAAUGCUAACUGGAAAUCCAUCAAUUUUAUAUACAUGCAUUUUACUUGACAACUUACGCAUAUAUACUACUGACUGAAAUAAAAAUAUACAACCAUAUAAUAAACAUUUAUCAAUAAGUUUCCUUUUUGAUAAUGUCAAGGUUACAGUUGUCGAGAUUUCCAGAUUUAUUAUUUUUGUUCACUGCUAGAAUUUGUCUUUAGUAGACGUAUAGGUCCAAAUGUGCCUUUUUAUAAUUGCUUUUGGAAACAAUGAUUAAAUCCCAAAUUAAAGUGGAAUAUAUACAUGUACAUCAUUUACGUAACUUCGAGCUACAACUUUUGUGCUUUUGGCGUGACGACUUAAACAUACACGUUUACAUGUGUUUGAACGAAAAUGAAUAUCAAAUAACACGAAAGAUCCAUUUUCAUUUGAAACCCCUCUUUAUCAUAAUACAAUCUGAUGAUUGUAUCUGAAUAGGUGAAUAAUUUUAAAGAUAUUAGAUUUCGGUAAGCUUUAUCAGAUAUGCUUAAAUUUGAUGAAAAAGUUACUUUUGAUAAGACAACUACAUGUUUUGCCAAAACAUUUCGUUCUAUUUAAACUGCAGCUUCCCCUAAACAUGUCCGCCGCCCUAUAACAUUUUUAUGCAUUCGUAUAAGGAUAUUCAAAUAACUUACUACAAAUUUUCAUCAUAACAAGACAAUGUAAUACUUAAUAAUUAUUUUAAAGGUGAAAUAAAUAUGUACGUUCAUAUUUCUUUUCCUGUCCGUAUCAGUAUUGCAUAUAUAUUAUUAUAUGUUAUUACUAUGUUAUCAAAAAGGACGUUUUACAAAAUGAUCUUAAAAUUUCUAGAACUGUUCCUCUUGUCAUUUUAAGUAUCAUUUUGUUUAAAGCGAUGUUUUAUUUAGGUCUUUUGCUGUAGGGUUUCUUUUAAGAAGGCUGCAUUAUUCCUACUGGAUAUUUGUUUUUGUUUUUAUAUACAAUUCAAUCAGAUUUCAUAAAUGCUUGGUUUAUAAACAUGGUUGUUUAUUUGACUGAUGUUUCUGGAUAAGAUUAACGUUGUGAAUAUGCUUGAAUAUUUGACUGAUGUUGAAAAAGGUAAGCGUUGUGAACAUGCCUAUAUAUUUGACUGACGUUAAUAAGGUUAUCAUUGUUUUCAUGAUUGUAUAUGAUAAAGACUAUUCGAUCCUAUAGAUCACCCCAUUCUGCAUACGAAGCUGCUUACGUACGUUCUUAAAACGAAUCUAUUGCUACUUUACCUUUGCCCUUGGUUUGUUUUUUUUUCUCUGAUUUUCAUUGUGGUGUUUUACGUUACAAAUUAGCUUUAGAUUAUAUUAGAGAAGCUGCAUUCCUCAAACGUUAUACAUUGUUAUUGCACAUGGCUUAGCGACAAAAGAGCUUGUGUUGUUUUCUUAAUAAACUAAAAGCUUAAGGUCUACAAAUAUUUACUGUACAACAAGUAACCUUUUUGUAU